GAGGAAAGCCAUUUGUUUCUAGGAUAACUGGACUGAUGGGGAAAAUUUUGUAGUCAUCCCCUUGCAAGGUAAAGGGGCCAGUUGUGACAUUUGCCAGCUCAGGAACCAUGAAGAGAUACAGGGUGACUCAUGUCUGGCAGCUCCUGAAGAAGGAACUGGGGCUGUACCAGCUCGCCAUGGAUAUUAUAGUAAUGACCCGAGUGUGCAAGAUGUUCCGCCAAGGCCUCGGGGGAUUCCGGGAAUAUCAAAUCAUCGAGCCUGUUCACAGAGAGCACCCUAUCUUCUCCUUCUGGGAUAAAAAGAAGCAAGGCCGAAUCACAUUUGACACCCUGGACUUCAUUGCAGAGGAGGGCCACUUCCCACCAAAGGCCAUUCAGAUCACACGAAAGAAGCCUUCCUGGAGGACAGAGCAGGAGAUCCACUCCCUCUGCAACAUCAUGCAGGUUCUGGCUAGCUACCGGAACUACGAGGAGCCCUUGCAGCUGCUUCUAGCCAAGAUCAUGCGCUUUGAAAGGUUUGGUCGCAGGCGUGUGAUCAUCAAGAAGGGACAGAGGGGCAACAGCUUUUACUUCAUCUACAAGGGCACAGUUGCAGUGACCAAGGACGAAGACGGCAGCAGUGCCUUCCUGGACCCCCACCCGGCAUUGAUGCACAAGGGUGGCUGUUUUGGGGAAAUGGGCCUUCUGCAUGCUUCAACAAGGAGGGCCACUGUAGUCUGUAUGGAAGAAACGGAGUUCUUGGUUGUCGACCGGGAGGACUUCUUUGCUAAUAAGCUGGACCAGGAAGUUCAGAAGGAUGCUCAGUAUCGGUUUGAAUUUUUUAGGAAGAUGACUCUGUUUGGAUUGUGGUCUGAUGAGAAGCUCUGGCAACUUGUAGCCCUGGGGAAGAUCGAGAAGUUCUCCUACGGGCAGCUGAUCUCAAAAGACUUCGUAGACUCAUCCUACAUCAUGUUUAUCAGCAAGGGCAGCUGUGAAGUCCUGCGCCUGAUAGACCUUGGGAACUCCCCCUCCUACUACAAGUGGAUCUGGCAGCAUUUGGAACUGAUAGCGGACAAGCCUCUGAAGACCUGCCUCAAGGAAUCCUCUCCUAUGGAGAGGUUUAAGGAAUUUCAGAUCAAGUCAUAUCCUCUACAGGACUUCAGUGCUUUGAAACUUCUGCAUCUCCAGAAAGCUUGGGAACAACGGGAGACGAGCCUCAGUCAGAACGUCAAAACCUCAGGGAAUAGUCUCCCAAAGCUGUUGGGCCCGAAGAUCAAAUCCAGGCAGGCUCAUUCAAUCAAAUGUUCCAUGAUCAAUACCAAGUUUGGAGAGCUCCCCAAGGAGGCUGCAGUGGGGGCUUACAUGAAGGUCCACACUGUGGAGCAAGGAGAAAUUGUGGGCCUUCACCAGAUAUUCCUCCCGGAAAACGAGCGUGACAUGCGACCCUUGAUCCUCAUGAGCUUGGGAACUGAGGUGAUACGGAUGAGAAAAGAUAGAUUUUAUGAUCUCAUUGAUGACGAGAUAAGAAAAAAGUUGUCAAGGGUCAAGCCUGAGUACCCCAGCGAUGAAGACAUGUGCCAGAGGUUUCUCCAGGAGAACAGCUGGAACGUCUUCCGGAAGGACCUGCUGCGGCUGCUGGUGGAGCCUCGCCAAAGUCCCCCAUUCGUCCCAAUUCGGUCCAAGAAGGGGAUCUAUGAUCCUAAGUCUCUGACCCUGGAUUUGUGUGGCAUCAAUAAGGAGACGAAACCCCACCAUCCUACUAAACCCCGUCAUCCUGUAUUUAUGGCAUCCCAAAAAUAUCUGCCCCCAAUAAGGAUUGUGGAAGCCAUCACAGCACCUCGGUAUAAAAUCCAAGAACUCCUGCCUCAAUAUAAAAAUGCGGGGGUCCUUCUUUAG